CCAUGGAUCUUCUUAAUUCAUCAUUUGAUGCAUCGUAUCUUGCCUUGCAGAAAACCUUGGUUAUUGAUCCAGCGAGGAGACGAUCGGGAGGCACAGUUCUUUCGGAGAUUAUUUUUGCAAUAUUCAAGAUUCUCCUGCCAACUGUGCAAAUCGUGUGAUUCCAAAUAGAGAUUUUCCAUUGAGCCACCGAUUUUUUGACAUCAUUUCUGGUAAGAAAUCAUCUUUCCUCGUACCGCCAUCUGGAGAAUCUGUGAGCAGGGCAUUUGUAUAUUCGAAAUGGGAUGGAAGAAGUAGAUCAAUGUAUCUUCUGGAAACACAGGUUAUUAACAUUGUCAAUUCAUUCCCUGGUGUCGGUUUAAACUCACGACAGCGUACAGUCGGCAUCCUUAUUCCAACCAGAACCCAGGAUAUACAAGAAGUUCUAGUCUUCGGAGUUACCGCCAGUUUGUUUGUAGAGAGUCACACUAUUCGCAACUUUGUUCGGCGAAGUCCUAUGUUUACUAUGCCUGUAUGGAUAGUACGCUCUCCACGAAGAAAGAACGGCUUUCAUACCGAAUUCAUCUACACACUUCUCUACCCGUCACCUGGUCCAGACUGCCCUCUUCGCAAUUAUCACACCGUUACCUUGGUAACAAACAAAACAGCCAUCCUGUAUGGAGGGUGUCCUAAAGAGAAUGGGGAUCCGAAUCCGUGGUGCUUCAAUAUAAAUGAACACUUUUGGGUAAAGGCGAACAUCACAUCUGGGAUCGUACCCUCUCCACGUUCACAACAUGUAUCAUUCAGAUAUAAUAGAUCUGCAAUGGUCAUCCAUGGUGGAUGGGGCCGUACAUUUAUGAGCCAUGCCCUUGGAGAUUUGUGGAUGUUCAUCAUGGAAGACGAAGACCAGUGCAAAGGUCGAUGGCAUAAUCUCACAGAAUACGUUAAGAAAGGACAUCUACCUAUCCAGUAUGGUCAUUCAGUAACACCAACUGAUCAUGGUGUGUUGCUGUUUGGAGGCCAGAUGCCAUCCGAUUCCAAACUAAUACUUGUGGAUAUCCGUUCAACAGUCGAAAUAACCGUUCGUGAUAUUCCGAUAAUUCCUGAUAUACCAAACCGCUAUAGCCACAGCCUGUCAUUUGUAAACAACGACCUAAUCCUGCUUGGAGGACGUCAAAAUGUUAGGACGCUGGGUGAAAAUUCAAAUUGGGCACUUCUUAUCACCGUCAAAAGCAAUGGUUCUCAAGAGGUGGCUACGUGGAACAAGUUCUUCGAAAUGAGAGUCUUCAAUCACUUUGUUCUUGGCAAUAUGGUAAUUGGCGGAACUGCACGAACGUGGUUUCGGGCCUCAAAUUUCUACCUUCUCAAUACAUCCAGCAUGUGCCCUAUCGGCCUUGAACGGAACGAGAAAUCCCAGUGUCAAGAAUGCCCUGUCGGGAAGUACUCUCCAUCUCUUGAACUGCAGUGUAUUAAAUGCAACCAGUCCUUAACAACCGUCGGAGAGGCCGCAUCUCACUGUGUUCCUGAGGGACCAUGUAAAGACAACACUUGUAAUGGACAUGGAGAAUGCCUGGUCAACAAGGCAGACUUCAAACACAUCUGCGUGUGUCGUUUCGGAUAUUUACCCAGCGAUGACUGCAAUACACCAGCAGUGUACCUGAUCUUGAUGGCUUCUCUCGUUUUCGCAACCACUCUUACCACCCUCGUCAUAGCGCUCAUUCAGUUCCUGAGAAAGAGAAGGGCUCUGAAUGCAAAGGAAAUUGAACUCGUCAAUACCAAUCGUGACCUCUACCGCUCCAACAGAAAGCUCAGUCAAAUCAACCAUGGCACGUGUAUUGCCUGGUCUGAUCUGAAGAUUCAAAGACAACUUGCCGAGGGAAGGUUUUGUAAAGUGUUACUUGCUGAGUUGGGAGAUAUGGCAGUUGCUGUUAAGCGACUUCCACCGUUUGUUUCAACUGCAUCGCCGUACGACUCCUUCAUUCAAGAGGCGGAAGUUCUACGAACAUUAAGCCACCCAAAUAUAGUUCUAUUCCUUGGGGCAGGAAAGGAUUCGCAAUCCAGGUGUCCAUUUCUUGUGAUGGAAUACUUGAUGCGAGGUUCUCUCUGCGAUGUUCUCCAUGAUCCGUCCAACAAGAUUGACCAACCAGAUCGACUGCGAUUCUCCCUGGAUGCUGCAAGAGGUGUGAGGUAUCUGCACAACAGAGAUCCACCCAUGAUCCACCGUGACAUAAAGUCAGCCAACAUGCUAGUCAGUGACAAAUGGGUGGUGAAGAUCGCCGACAUGGAAACAGCACGAUUCCUAGCCAUCCUUCAUCCCGACGGUAUUGAGUCAAAUGUUAGGGAAACAGAAUUCAUGCAGGAGAGAGAUCACUCGACACGCACGGUAUCAGAUACAACACAUCCUGAUCAACUAACAACUCCAUUAUUGGGUGCUACCAGUGUCACAUCUGGUGUGGAUCCCAUUGAUAACGACAGAGCUACAAGAGCAACCGAGGGUAUGACGUCGCGUAUUGGAAUGACGUGUGGAGUUGGUACAGAUCGCUGGCGAUCACCUGAAUCCAUCAAGAAGAAUCUGUACACGGAGAAACACGAUGUCUACAGCUUUGGCGUGGUUAUGUGGGAACUCUCAACUCGACAGAUACCUUAUGCACACCUCAGCAACUCUGACGAUAUCCUGGAUGAAAUUGCAGGUGGCACCAAGCCCCUCUUUCCACCAAACAUACCCUAUGGCUAUCGUCACAUCGCUGAGCAGUGUAUCAAGACAGAUCUACAGGAGAGACCUUCAAUGCAGCGCAUUGUCCAAGAGUUACUGUCACAAAUUGAUCGCAACUGAAGAGCGACGCCACCAUCAUAGUAAGCAAAGCACGCCGCAAUUCACAACGUUCACAGAUUUCCUUUACUUCGGCCAAUGAGAUAUUUCCCAGUGCAUUCCCCGACAACAGCAAAAAUUUGAAAUUUAGAAGUGCGUAGUACUACGUACACUUUGCUUCACAUGUACAUGUUUGUCACCUUUCGAACUGCUCAUUAUUCGGGUAACAAGCUUUCUUUUCGACUCUCUCGUACACACCACAACAACAACAACACAAUAGAACUGCAGGGUCGCAGCAACAGCUGCUCCAAGAACAAAAAGAACUGUACAGCAGCAGUGCAAGAACAAAAAGAACACCGUCUUCAGACCAGCAUGCACCUUCAUGUGCAUGCUGCAACUCCGCACUGUGCAGCCAGUGCGUACCGCACUCCCAGCACAGUCCGUGAACUCUGGACUGUGCACUCGCGUUUCGAAAAGAACAGCAUUUCUUGUUUACUUCGUUGCUCUCAUCCAACAAGAAAUGAGACAUGGUCCAGCCAGUGCAUGCAGUAUAUUCAGCACUCUGCAGGCCUCGGACUAAAUCCGGCCUAACCCGAUCUCACAAACAUGCACAUCAGCUUACAUGAUGUCACGUACUUAUCAGAUCACACCUGGCCCUUGUCAACAUCUGCCUCAACUACCAUACUGUCCACAGCCAAGCUUAUAAAGAAAGAAUUCGAACACAGUUUAUAUUGCAAACUAACAUACAUACUUCACGUGGCUUGUGACAAUGUGAAGCAGUUAUACCAGCCUUGUUACAUGUAUGUUGAGAACCUCAUGCAAACAUACUAGUACAUACUUCACUUGUAGCUUGUAAAGAUGUAUAAUGUUUAUGACAGCCUGUUAUAUUCAGAAUCUCAUGCGUACACAGCCAGUCAAGGUCACAUGCAUAGCAAUCUUGCCAAACGCUUUGUUUCACAAGAUGCUUUCAAAAAUUAUUAUUCUGCUUUGUAACGUGUGUCUGCAUUGUGUGGCAUUGUGCACUGCUUUCAAAAUACUAUUCAACACAAGAUGUUAUUAUUCGUGGCUACAUACACGAAUGUGCAUCCAAAUGCUGUGUGAGGUGGUGAUAGCUCGGAUCCAUAUUGUCAAAAUUAGUUUCGUAACCCCAACUUGGCGCCUACAAGCAGUCACUGAAGUAAGUGCAACUUGUAGUAGUGUAGAUGCUAGUGAGAUGAGUAAGCAUGUCUACUUGUCUUGAGCCACUUUGGCCCUGUGUUGGUUAUUAGUAGGUGCCUGCAGCCAGUGCGGCAUCGGCUCGAAACACACCUUCCUGAGCCUCGCUGCGCCUCUUCUCCUCAAGGAGCUUCUCCUUGUAGAGCGCUAUCAGGGUUCCAAUUUCGCGACCCUGCAUAAACAAAGGCAACA